GUUUAACUCUUGCAGAUGAUUCAUGGAAAUGCGGUGAGUUAAAGAAAUAGCUUUUAAUUAUGUCCUUUUUAACGGGGCUACCGUUGCUUCUUGUCAGAAUGUCAGAAAAUGCUAGGUUUUAUAGCGGCUCAUCGAAUAUCAGUAGGGCCGUGCCAUUAGUAAAACAUCCAACCGAUCCUAUGCAGUAGAACCUCCAUGUGCGACAACCCUUAGUUAGCGACUCGGGAAGGGGAGCGGGGGUUACUGCCAUAUAUGGGCUAUAUAGGUAUGUGCCGCUGUGAAGGGUAUGCCGGUUUUCAAGCAGUUUACUCUAGGAUAGGGUAUAUAAACCAGAGCGUUUGGGUCUAGAAUAGGGUAUCAUUUUUCAGGAAACUGAUCAGUUGGUUGAAGAUUUUAUGUAGACUAGGGAGCUACUCUAGGAUAGGGGGGAUUUGGGGAGUUUACUCUAGUAUAGGGUAGCAAAAUUCAGCUGAACUAGCUCUGGUACAGGUUAAGGGUUCCAGGGUCCCAGCGGCACAUCUUCACACAGAAAUUCCUAAAGUAACCCCCCGCCCCCCCGGGUUAGCGACCACCUCCCAUAUAAGCGACCCUCUAGCAUAAACACCAAAAUUUCCCAGUCAAAUUCCCGUGGUUGGAAACUCUCGUAAACUGCCACCUCUGGUAAGUGACCACCAUCGUUUUUCUGGGUGACAGUUUUACAAUUUUUCAUUGUUUUCUACCACCUCGACACUGCUGGUUUGCAGGUGACAUCACCGGCCCAUGUUGGUGGUUAAGGGCAAAAGCAUUUGUCUCCUCUGGGAACUAAGCUCUAUUUUUGUGUAAAUUCUUCGAGAAAAAAUUCUAUUGUAUUGACCUUCAACAUGGCCACCUUGUCACCUGGUUGCAAACCAAGAAUUGGCCUGAACAAUAUGUUCUUAGUAUGUACUACACUCAGAGGGGUUAACAAAGUUUUAUACGGGGAGGCUCUUCCAGUGUGCAAAGAAAGUAGUGUCCGAUAGCCCGGGGCUAGUGGAUUUUGCCAUCGGGUUAGUGAAUUCUGUUUUUAACUUGCCCGACGGGCAAGUGAUGUUUUUUGGAGGAAUUCGAAUAACAGAAGAACUGUGAAAUCAAUUCUGCUAGUCAAGAAGUUUUUGGGGCUAGUUGAAAUGACGUCUGGGCUAGUGAAUGCUAGCUUCAGCUUGCCUGAAUGGCAAGCUGUAAAAAUGAUUUUCUUUGCAUCCUGCUCUGCCCCAAGGUCCAACCCCUUACCCUUUAAUUUACCAUUUUUGACAGAAAAGGAGACCCCUUUUGUACACCUUCCAUUGACAAAUGGUGCCCCUUUCACGUACCUAGAUAUGUUUAGAGCUUUACAUACCUUUCAACCGCUGUAAAUGCACUGUCUUUUUAAUAUGAAUUAAUCACAAAACCAGAAAGACAGCCAUGAAAUGCAUCUGUUAGCCCUUUUGGGCCUUUUUACAUACAAAUGAUGGUAGAAUUCCCUGCCCUUUCAUAUACCUGAGGCCUGAAAAAGACAUCCCUUUUGGGCAGAGCUUCCCCAUACAGGCCAUCAUAGGGAGUAUUCCCCCCCUUGGUGUAUUUCAGGAAGAUACUCCUUUUUUCCUUCCCACUCAAGAAGACAAAAGUAGACGUGGAUCUAGGAUAAAUUUUGACCGAUUUCCUAAACAAGCGUCAAAGGUGCAAGCUUCUAGUGGGGUUCAGGGGUGGGCACCCUUAGGAAAUUUUUUUGAUUUUUACUCCUUUAAGUCCCCUAUCCAGGGUUUCCGAGUCAUUUAGACAGGAUUUCAACCUUGGAAAGUGUUUUUUAUUAUUAAAAUGUAUUUAUAAUGAAAAAUGUGACCAAUUUCUCUAAAAUGCACCUGAAAAGGAGGCUCUGUUUGCAGGAUGAUGAACAUACUGAGUCUCUUAAGAUCGAAUCACGAGAAUACUUCUAAUUGGUAGCCACUAAAGUAAGCUAGAAUUAUAAAAAAAAAUUGCCCUAGGCAAGCAAAAAUUGAGUCAGAGCUGUUUACCCAAAGGACAUUUGGAUUCAAAUUUUGUCAAGCCUGAAUGUGGCAUUUUUACUUAUAAACAUCAGAAGAGUUCAGUUGACACUGUUAUCUAUUACUUCCUCUUUACAGGAUUCACGUGACCUCCUUCUUGUAAUUUCAAUGUCUUCUCAACUUGUUCAAUAUGUUAUCGUGAGAGGGGACCUUUUAAGGCUGUUGUCAUGGCCGACAGGUGCAGUGAUAGCCCAAGCAUGUCAUGCAAGCACAGCUGUUCUUUGGACAUAUCGUAAUGACCCUCAUACAAUUGAGUAUACCAGUGAACUAGAUCACAUGCACAAAGUUGUGCUAGAGGUGAGGCAUGCCACAAAUGUUGCAUUUUGUUCUCAAAUGAUGGUUAUACUGUUUAACCUCCAUAACAGUCGGUUCAGGUCAAGCGUACGUUAACGAAAUUGUUAUUCGGAGGUUGAAUCCGUUGGUAUUUCAGUUUCAUCUCUGCACUCCUGCAUACAUAAUGA